AUGGAGGAGCGGUUUUACGGUUAUUUCCUAUUUCGAAAUCAACCACUACAUUGUGUGGAUAAAGAGUUACCGUUGAAUUUUGCACUGCCCUCCCUACAAUGGAACCAGAGUUACUCGGGCUACGUACGGGGUACUGGUAAUAGCAUGAUAUUGUCGAUAAUUUGCGUGCAGCAUCUCACCGAUAAAGACUACUUGCUGAAAUUCGCUGAAGACUUGCAACACUUACGCAAAAGACGCAUUUUGGCUAUAUACCAUAGGAAUUUCACCACUAACGCUUUAUCGGAAAUCGAAACAUUUUUCCAGUACUGCCAGCAAGUGAAAUUUUUUAAUGUAAUACUUAUACAUCGGGACUUCGCCAAUACACACAUCUAUCAUUCGUACAAUCAGUUUCCCGAAUUCGAAUUGGAAACACGAGAUAUGCGCAAUAGCAUAAGCAUCUACCCGAAUCGACUGGCCGACGUUGCGGAGACAAAGUUGAACAUCUUGGCGGACCAAGUUGAGCCGAAUACAAUGUUUUACGUGAGCAAACGCGGUACACUUUAUAUAGCCGGUUAUAUUGGCCAUUUCAUAGCACAGUUUGCUGAGAGAUAUAAUUUCCAGUUAUGGUUACCAGAUAACUAUAAUUCUACUACCGAACAUGCUGUUUACACCGAGGAGAUCCGGCAAGCGGCGCGUAACGGUUCAAUUGAUGUGGGCGCCAGUUUGUUGACACCACAAAAGGAAAUGAAUGUGCAUGGUUAUAUUUAUCCCAUUGAAUUCUUUCAAUGGCUUACCAUGAUGCCGGUAGAACCGCCAUUAGAAACUUAUCAGUUCUUCAUAUUAUUCUUCCGUCCCGCUGUUUUAGCUGGACUUUUCUUCGUCAUUUGGUUGUUGUGCUUUGUUAAUGCCGUGCAAAUGGAACUGAUGUACAGAGGCAUACACUGGAAUCGCACCGCAAUAUUACUGCUUAUAAUUCCCUGGGAACUGAACUUGUUACGUGGUCUGCUCUGUCAAUCUACCGCUAUACGCGCUAAAUGUUUAAGUCGACGCAUUUUAUUUAUAUUAAUUUUUUUACUCGGUGGCAUGUUGGGCAAUUUCUUCUCGACCAAUCUGGUGAAAUGGCUAACGGUGCCACCACACGAAGAGCCGAUUGAAAGUUUUCGUGAAGCCGCGAAACGUAAUGUGAAAAUACAACUUGCCGAACCAGCGAUAUCGGAUGUUAAAUUUUAUCGUGGCGAGGAGUUUUGGAAAGAAAAUAGUGACGCUUUUCACAUCGUCAAAACGAUCGAUGAAUAUCAGGCGAACAUGCGUAAAAUGGAUACACGUUAUGGUUAUGUGAUGGAGUCGCUAGCUUGGCCAAUUAUUGAGCAUCGCCAACGGUAUUUCACACAUCCAUUAUUUCGCCUGUCGGAACGACUUUAUUACACAAAGGGCUCACUACUCAGCUUGCCCAUUAGCGAGAAUUGCAUUUACAAAGACCUUUUGAGUGAUUUCUAUUUGCGUUCACGUGAAUCUGGUUUACUAAGCCAUUGGCGUCAAUCUUAG